AUGGCAGCCAACGCCUCCGCGCAUUCCGAUCUCGUAACACUACACACAAACCUCCACACUCUCCUCAUCAAACUAUCCCUCUCUUUCCAUCUCACAUCUCCCUCCUAUACUCCAACCCCCCAACUCGCCACCUCGCCCUCCAACCGUCUCUCCACCCAGCGUUUCCCACCCCUCAAUGAUAACUACAACCACAACUACACCUACAAAAACAAUCCCCACGACCCCCUCGAAGUCCUCUACACACUCUCUCCUCCAUCCUUCCACUAUCUUCCCCGCAGCACGCUGCUCCCCCCGCAAAUCCUGCGCAAAGGCUUUAUCGAAACCCCCGAAAACAAUCCUCCGCUGCUCGAAGGCACACGCAUGCAAAUCAUGGUUAUACCGCGCGGCGUCCGGAAAAUCGUUGUGCAUUUCCUAGUGUACGAUCCCGUGCUCAAGGAAACGAAAGAACAACCGAAGGUUUCUCCACUUUCUUCUCUGGUUGCGAAGGAGAAGAAGGAAGGCCCUAAGAAGCUGAGGAAGAAGGCAAGUAGAGUUUUGAAUCCGCAGGAGAAGAUUAGAGAUUUUCCGACGAAAAGGAGGUCGACGAUUCGGUUUGCUUAUGUGGAUGUGGAUGCGAAUGCGAAUGGAAAAGCGAGUGGUACUCCGGGAAUGAACCAGAACCGGAAUUUCGAUGGGAUGGAAAUUGAAGCUAUGGGAAAGAGACAGGUGUCAGAAAUGGAUGUGGAGAGAGAAGAGGAUAGAGAGGGGGAAUAUGUGGUGAUGAGACGGGUUGUGAAGUUACCGAGGAGGGUGUGGUGUGGGAGGAAUGUGAGUUUUUCUCUUCUUUCCUGA